GAUGAAGCAGACACUGGAGUGUUUCUUAAGAAGGAAUGUGUUUUUCACUGUCAUCCUUGUGCUCAUUGGCACAUUUUAGCUGGAGAUUCAGACAGUUCACGCUGCAUUGCAAAUUAGAACGAGCAGCCAGUCCCAACCCCCGCUCCCACACACACACAUAUGUCCAAUCACAUGCAUUUAUACUGUAUGUAAGAUGCAUGAUAUGCAAAUGUGGCUGCAUGUUGGGAUUCACAUCGUUGUGCACUUGUUUGUGGAUAAAUGGUCAAAAGCAGUUGUCAGUUUACUGAAUAUACACUCAAGCAUUUGCAGAGAGACACUGCAAUAAAGAGACACACUGACAAUAUGACAUGGGCAAGCACACUCUAUCCAUUUCCACAGUCGACUUAACCCUCCAUUUAUUGUUUCUCAUAUGUCACAUCUGUCUCCUCAUCAGUUUUAUUGUCUCUUUGUGUUCGCUACCCUCAAAUAGGAAUACGUUACCCCUCUUUCUGUCUCUAAGCAUCCCUCAGCCUCCCUUCCUCCACUCUCAGUCUCCGUCUUCCUUCCUCUCUUUCUGCUCUCUAGCGUGCCCUUGCUCUCCAUCUACCUUCCUCUCUCCUUCCUUCUUUGCCUCCCUCUCUCCUCCUCCUUCCUAUUUCCUCCUCCUCCUCCCGCUGCACUCUCGACUCGCUCUCAUUCCCCCUCGCUCACUCACUCGGGCAGCAUCCUCCCCUCUCCACUUCUACCUUCACACUCACCUCUUCGCGCCUCCCUCUCGCCGCUCCUCUUGCCUCCUUCCUCUCCGUCACCUACUAACACAUAUCAUCUGUGGCAUCUCCCCCCCCACCCGUCUGUUGUCUCCCUCUCCCUCCACUCUCUCCUCUCCAUCUCUUCCAUUGCUCCCUCCUUCUCACAUACUCAACCUUGCUGUCUCGCACAAACUCACGCGUACACACACUCAUGCUGAUUGGCACCCAAGGACAGAGCACCCUCUCUCCCAAACCGGCGACCAGGCGGUUUGCUCGUGUGGCCAGGCUUCUUGACACUGAGCUCAGCUGAGGAAGAGGACAAGGAAGAGGCCAUGGAGCACAGCCACAUCUUCCCUGUUUUUUCCCCAAAUGGGAGCACCUGGAGCCCGGGGCAGCAUCCCUCUGAGGUUGUCCAAGGAUGCCCUCUCGGACCACUGCCUGUAAUCUACUACAGCGUCCUGCUCUGUCUUGGCCUGCCAGCUAACAUCCUGACAGUGGUCAUCCUGUCCCAGCUGGUGCUGCGUCGUCAGAAGUCCUCCUACAACUAUCUCCUGGCUCUGGCAGCCGCCGACAUCCUAGUCCUGCUCCUCAUUGUUUUUGUCGACUUCAUAUUGGAGGAUUUUAUCUUGGGCACGCCGCUGCCUCCGUCACUAAACAAUGCAGUGCAGGUUCUGGAGUUCUCCUCCAUCCACACCUCCAUCUGGAUCACCGUGCCUCUCACCAUCGACCGUUACAUCGCUGUUUGCCACCCGCUGCGCUACCAUACGGUCUCCUACCCGGCCCGCACACGAAGGGUGAUAUUUGCUGUGUAUAUUGGGUGCUUGCUCUCUGCAGCUCCUUAUUACUGGUGGCCUGAGCUGUGGCACAGCCUUCCUGGGGUGGGCAGUGGUGGUGGAGGAGAGGGCAACAGGAGAACCGUGGCCCAGCAUGUCCUAGUGUGGGCCCACUGCGCCACUGUCUACCUCCUCCCCUGCACUGUCUUCUUCUCCCUCAACGCCGUCAUCGUCUGUAAGCUGCGCAGACGCCGCAGCUGUUUCCGUCUGCGUGGCUACUCUACCGGCAAGACCACUGCCAUUCUCCUCGCCAUCACCUCCAUUUUUGCUGUUCUUUGGGCACCACGUACCCUCAUGAUCCUCUACCACUUCUACUCCUCUCCUCCAGCCUCACAAGGUGCCGGCCGACUGCUCCACAUGCUCACUGAUCUGGCGAACAUGCUGGCCUUGCUCAACACCGGUGUCAACUUCUUCCUCUACUGCUUCAUCAGCAAGCGUUUCCGGGGAAUGGCGGCCAAUGUGCUGCGAGCCUUGGUUCAUUGCCGGAAACAGCCACCGCCGUUCUACGCCAGCCACAACUUUUCCAUCACAAGCAGCCCCUGGAUCUCACCAGCCAAUUCCCACUGCAUUAAGAUGUUGGUGUACCAGUAUGACAAAAAUGGGAAGCCCAUCUGUAUUUCCUCUUGAGUCCUCAGCCACCAACAGCUGCCCCCACCCUCAAUCGUUGGGGAGCAUAUUCAGGCUUUGUCUCCUUGGUGACCAGCUUUGCCCGCAUGGGACUCUUUGAGGCUUGAAAAUGUCAACACGCCCGGAGAGCACAGAGGUGACAGUUUAGCUAGCUUUGAGUGAUAACAAAGUGGUAGGCUAGCAAGGUGGAAAAGCAAACAGCAGCUAUUCACAGUAUUCACAAAGCAGUAUCCAGCAUCAAAUAGAUGUUGAUUGUUUCCUCCAUGCAAAACAUUAAGCUACUAUAAGUGACUGACUGCUGAUUCGGAGAGCGACUCCAGACUCACAGACUGAUAAAGGGAUAUCACCACCAUCUAUCACUGACUUUUAUGAGCCACCGUUUGUAACAGCGCUAAAGUAUAAACUGGCAACUAGAUGAAUCCUUGAUGAAGCAUAAAAUGCCUCGUGACAUUGGUUUCUUUAUGGACGCUCUCUGUUGCACACUGCCGCCAACGGUGAAGAGCUUUGAACAGCUGUGUCUUUGUCUGUUGGGAGUCAUUUCCAGAAAGCAGAGAUCCAGUCAGAGUCUGGUCACAUCACACCUCAAGCGGUGAUUCACUCAGGCAGAGCCACCAACGGUGUGUCCACUGCCCACAUUUCUGACUGUCUCUCAAGCAAUGUAAAACAGCGCUGUCAUUUCCAGUUUAAUAUGCAGAGGAGUCUCAAAGGCAUGUUAAUUUGGGCGUUUAUAAAAUGAACAGCCCUCCCUGACUUUCCUUGUGUGUGCUGAGUUCAUCCUAGCAGUGUGCAGGUCACCUAAAAGUCGGCACUCGCUAUGGAAGAAAAUCCCACAUCCAAGCUCACAGAUUGUCGUAGGACGAGUAGACCCUCUGCUUAUUGUUGGUUAAAUAUUUAUUAAUGGUAGACUUGACUGUUAUUGUAACUUCACAAAAAUACAAGACAAAAAAAAGACUUGGGGUUGGUUUUGCUCCAAGGUGUCAUUAAUCUAGUAAUCACAUUUCCAAUAUUAGGAAGAGGAAAUUUCUGCUAUCAGUAGAUAGUCCUCUAUUAACUAUUAAUGGUCCUUGAUGACUUACUGUUAGCCAUUAUCUGGAUGAAUAUAAUGAAUGUAACAUCUCUUUAACCCUUUAGCUUUCUGAGAGAAUAAGAGUAAAAGAGAGAGAGAUAGAGAGGACAGAAAAAUCUGUUCCCCUUCCCUUCGGUUUGUUUUCCCUGUCCAAGGUUUUCUGUCCCAUGAUGCAGCAAUGAGUUUGGUCUCAGGGCCACAGUGACACAUUUCAGCUCUGCUCAUUCUGCUGCUGGCUGAUGGCAGUUCAGUAACAUUUUACACUGAAACACAGUCACGUACAUCAACUCUGUCUCAGUUCUGUCCUGCCCGGUAACAAACCAUAAAUGUGAACAUGCACACACACACGCACACACACACACACACACACACACACACACGCUGCGCUGUAUAGCCCACAGAAAGAGCACAUUGAGAUCAAUGCACAUCCAUUCUCCAGACACCUUGGGGCAUUAGCAGUGUUCAUCUAUCUAGCGAGAAUGGAGCUGUGCCAAAGGGCAGAUUUCUGCUAAUACCUGCCUGGAGGGAUCAGACACAUCAAGCCCUUUUUUGAAGGCUUUAAAUCUGAUGAAUGUUAGGAGUGUCUGUCAUAGCUGAUAAAGUCAUGCCCUCCAAACUCUUGUUCGACACUCAAACGUCUGAGACACUUUACGGGGUGACUGCAGGUGUGUCGUUCUUUCUCUCACCAUUGCAACUACAAAAAACUGGCUGCAGCUGAAAAUCAGGGCAAGGGUUUCAUGGUUUUUGCCAUUUUUCACGUCAUUUAUAACACCAUUUAACUCGUCAACUUCAUUGCUGAUAUAUGGGGACAUGGUGACUUGGCAAGACAUGGUUUAACAACUUUCGGGCAAGGAGCACCAGUGAGCACCAGCCUGUUUAAACAACUUACCAAUUUAUUGAUAUUAUCUAAACCAGUUUUGAAAUACAGUAGUACCUAGUUUUUUGGUUUUAUAAUUGGGUUUUCUUGAAGACUGUCUGGUGGCUUGUACUGUAAUGCACAUGUAAAUAAGAUGAAUGGCAGUAGUAUAUGUUCAUAUGGUUUUAGACCAAUAUAAUUACUGAACUGUUUGAGAGGCCAGGAGUGUCUCAUAAUGGAUGUAGGUGAUACAAUAUUCUUUCCAUAGAAAUAAGAAGUAAUUAGUAUAGAAGAGGUGCCAUACUGAAACUGUCUGUAAAAGCUAAGAUAAAAAGUAAACAAGCAAUGAACAAAACCAUAAAGCACAUAAAAGAUAGAUUUGAUUAAUUAAGAAGUCCUCAUUCUACAAGUGUUGUUGGUGUUUUGACCCUUUAAGACUGCUGUCCCUUCUCCUCACAAGUAAGUAAAGUUUUGGCCAAACCCCCACUCUGUGUUGCAAUGCAAAGUGUAAAGUGUUGUAAAAGAUCUCAGCAAUAUAAUUGUUGAAUAACUCAGAUCAAAUAAGAAUUAUGGCCAAAACAACAUAGCUCUUCAUUGUUCCUGUAAAAAAGUGAAAUCUCCUUCCAUUUCCAGUCAGAGCUACACUAAAAACAAGUGAUGUAUUUGCACCGAUCCUAACUGUUGACUUAUGUGACAGUCUCUCCAAUUUAUUUUCCCAUCAAAAAUGACUUUAACCAGAUUAAAUAUAAUUCUCCAACUUCCAAACUCUGCCUUUUUCAGUUCAGUUGUGCACUCAGGCCAUAACUGGCUACUCCACUCUCAAUUCCCAUUUCUUUGUUCCUCGAUAAAUUGAUUUUCUUCAAACUUGCAAAGCGAAUGAGGGAGCACCGAUUGCCACUUGCUCCUCACCUCCCUCACACUGUACUCCUCCCACUCAUCCCUCUUUCCUCCCACUUUAUGUCAAAUGCACUCGUUCAAAGUUAAUUUCACAAGUGUCCUUUUUACUCGUUGACUGAUUACCUUGAAAUCUUUUGUGCUUCAUGUGCACACUGAGCAUAUCACGCUCAUCAGAAAAUAGAUCCAUGUAGUUAGGGGCCUUGAGUUGACGGUGAUGGAUGCUGGGAAUUAUGUGAUGGAGAUAAACGACUAGAGGGUCGAUAACCAGUAAUCACUCAGCGAGCUCCUUGACUCCCAGUCCAUUAAAGUCAUGCUCAGCAGGACGUCACAUUAGUGUAAAGGCACUAAAAUAUGCGCUUUAAUCCUAAUCAAUAUAGCCUAAUGAUCAGACUGCAAUCAUUAAGAAAGUGAGAUCACAUAAAAUGAUUUGGGCUUCAGUCUGAGGAGCUCAUGCCAGAUCAAUGUUGCCAUGACAUUCAUUUCACGUGUUAGCCCCAUGCAGUGUUUCAGCCAUGUUAAUGUGACAUUUGUGCGAGAACCAGUGCCUCAUUCCCGAGGCCUCCAAGGAAUGAGGCUGGCAUGCUGGGAAAGCAAAACGAAAUGGAUGAGUGGGGGGACUUGAAAGAGUGUCACAUGCAGGUGUCCCUUCGCCUCCCACGUGAGGCACUUUGGAGCAGGUGGGAGGGUGUGUCUGUGUGUGUGUUUGUGUGUGUGUGUGUGUGUGUGUGUGUGGUGGUGGUGGGGGGUUAAGCCAAGAAAUCUUCCUCAUCAUGAGAAAGAAAAAACGCCCAGGAUUUAUAUUUUCUUUAGCCAGAUAUUAAAAAGAUAACCAAACAUAAAUCAAUCAGUGGAUAAAAUUAUAUUUUCUCUCUCACACAUCCUCUGCUUCCUCUCCGUGUCUCUCUCUACCUGCUCAGUUCUACAGUGUGUGUGUGUGUGUGUGUGCGAGUGUGUGUACAUAAUGUCUGUGUUAGACAGAGAGAAGCUUUAAAAAGUGUUUGUGCCAUAGGACCUGUAAUGUAUGAAAUAAAAUAUGUAUUUAUACUCAAUCAUGAUAAAUAUAAUUACAUACAGCACAAUAUUAUAACAGAUAUAUCCAUGAAUGUACAACUGACGCUUCUGGCAUCUUUGAUGGUAUUUUUCUGACUGUGAUUUUCUACACAACGACCUUUUUUGAGCAGUCUUUUACCUUUCUCCAUGGCAGUGUUUCAAAACUGUGUUUUUUGAUUGUACUGGAGUGACUAUAGGCUUGCAUAAUUCAGUUUGUUUCUCCUAAUGAGUGUAUUGACUGUAUAAAGAGUACUAUACUGUGCUGUGAGAAAGUAUGCAGAAACGUAUUGGCUGAUAUCAAUAUUUUUGAUUAAACAAAUAAAGAACAGUAGCUCUGAGGAUUCAGAUUUAGUGCCGCUGAG